UACUCGUAUCCAUUUUUUGGCAGUGCAGCGCCUAUUAUGACAAGCCCACCUGUAGAAGUCAGAAAGAACAUGGAAGUCUUUCUUCCACAGUCCUACUGUGCAUUUGACUUUGCAACUAUACCUCAUCAGCUUCAAGAUACAUUCUUCAGAUUACCUCUGCUGGUUGAAUUGUGGCACAAGGACAAAACAGCGAAAGAUUUACUCCUAGGAUUGGCAAGACUUCAGCUUUCAGAUGUUUUGGCUUCGGAAAAAACCCGAUUCUUGGGUGGUAGUGGUGAACAAUGCUGGCGUCAGACUUAUAAUGAAACAGUCAGUGUCACAGCAGCACAAGGGUCAGGCAACAAAAUAGCAGAGCUUUCAUAUGCUAUCACUUUGGAAGACUACGGACUUGUGAAAAUGCAAGAAAUUCUGCUGUCGGAUUCUUCUCAAUGUUUAGGUGAUGGUCAGCAGCAGCAUGUCCCACACACACAGCCUCGUGUACCAGAAAAUAAUCCAGAACCUCGAGAGACUCUAGAAUACAAAGCAGCAUUGGAGUUAGAAAUGUGGAAGGAAAUGCAAGAGGACAUUUUUGAAAAUCAGCUUAAAAGGAAGGAAAUGGCCCAUAUGGAAACACUUGCAGAAGAAUGGAAGAAAAGAGAUAGAGAGAGAGAAGCAUUAGUGAAGAAAAAGGUAGCAGAAUAUACUGUGUUGGAAGAAAAACUUCAUAAAAACCUGAGGGAUCUAGAUAAGAGAGAACGACAGCUUUUUAGUGCUGAAUCAGAGCUUCAAAGAGUAAAGAAGGAGUUGCAAGCAGAGCACGAACGACAUCUUCAGGAGCUACAGGAUUCUGUGCGACGAGCCAGGGAAGACUCUGCACACCAGGUUGAGCUAGAAAGGUCAAAAAUCAAACAGGUGGAACAAGACAAGCUUCGCUUACAGCAGCAGCUUUAUGAAGCAGAAAAUAAGCAUAAAAUGUUGGAGAAGGAGUUCCAGCAGUACAAAGAACAGCAAAGUAACAAACCAGAAACCCAGCUACAAUCGGAAAUAACUCUUCUCACUUUGGAAAAGGUUGAACUUGAAAGAAAGUUAGAGUCGGCUACCAAGUCAAAGCUCCACUACAAACAACAAUGGACAAGGGCUUUGAAAGAACUUGCAAGGUUUAAACAGCGCGAACAAGAAAAUGCAAUGGCUCACCUUAAAAAGCAGCAACAAGAGCUGGAGCACUUGAGGUUGCGCUAUUUGGCAGCGGAAGAAAAAGAGCUGGGGAAAACAGACCGACAAGAGUUGGAGGAUAUCAGAAAUGAACUUAACAGGCUAAAGCAACAAGAAGAAGAGAGAAAGCAAUUGCAAGAUGUUAGAGAUAAUUCUGCUGGUAGAGUGGAUAGUCUUCAUUCUAGAAAACUGAAUGAGAAUAUGGGUGACUAUCUCUCCCGUCUGAUAGAAGAGAGGGACACCCUGCUGAGAACGGGAGUGUACAGUCAUGAAGACCAUAUUGUAAGUGAGCUUGAUCGUCAAAUCAGAGAGGCUAUUGCAAAAGGGAACAUCACUAAGUAA